GUCGGUACGAACAGAAUAAAUGUCAGAGCCCCCACAGGAUGUGUGUGGUGUGGCAUGGCAGAGAACCGGAGUUUCCUUUGAUGUGACGGUAUGCUUAACCGCAUUAAUAGAGGAAUGCUCAGUAGUCUGACGUACUGGUUGCUGGGCUAGCCCUCGGUGAAGUGGCCGCCGCUCACGUGAUUGUGGAGUAGAGACGCAGGUGAAGGAAGUAUCCAGUUCAGUUGGAGAGUUACAACGGCACAUGAACAGAGCCAUUCCUGGACUUCUCUUCUGCAGAACUCAUGUUUUCACAUCUUCCCUUCAACUGUGUCCUUCUGUGGCUGCUACUGCUUACAAGGUCUUUGGAAGGAUCACACACAGCCAGAGUGGGCCAGAAUGCUCGCCUGCCCUGCAACUACUCUCCACCCACCCCUGGGGAUCUCGUGCCUAUGUGCUGGGGCAGAGGACCCUGUCCUAUGUUUCACUGUCAGGGUGAGGUGCUCCACACUGACGGAAGGCACGUGACUCAUCGCACAUCCAGCAGAUAUCAGCUAAAGGGGUAUUUGCACACUGGAGACGUGUCCUUGACCAUAGAGAAUGUGACUUUAGCUGACAGUGGGACCUACUGCUGCCGCAUCCAAUUUGCAGGCCUACUGAAUGAUAAAAAAGUAGACCUGCAGUUGGACAUCAAACCAGCCGAGGUCACCCCUGCCUGGACCUGGUGGAGAGAUGUCACCACAGCCUUUCCGAGGACGUCCACCACUGAGCGACCUGGCUCAGAAACACAGACACUGGAGAUCCUUCAUGAUAAAAAUCAAACACAGAUAUCCACAUUGACUAACAAGUUACAAGACUCUGGUGCGACCACCAGAAUGAGCGUCUACAUCGGAGCAGGGAUUUCGGCUGGGCUGGCUCUGGUUCUUAUCUUUGGUGCUUUAAUUCUCAAAUGGUAUUAUCACAGGAAAUGGGAGUUACAGAAUUCAAGGCUCGUCACGCUGGCCAACCUCCCUCCCGCAGGGUUAGACAACACAGUAGCAGAGGGGAUGCGCUCAGAGGAAAACAUCUAUACGAUCGAGGAGAACGUGUACGAGGUAGAAGAUCCGUCGGAGUACUACACCUACGUCAGCUGUAGGUAGCGAUCCUGACAACGUCUGCGUUGCCACUCUCCUUCGCCGUCACACCCAGCUUCGUUCUUGAGCGUGGGUCGUCCUCUCGGGAAACUCUGACAUGUGUCAGCUGAUGGGCGUUCAGUGUCCUCCACGGCUACUGAGCACCCUUUUCCAUUUUCCAAAGACAAUGAGCCCACCGAGGACGGGCCCCCGCCCUGCACAACACUCGGGCCUGUCACAGCAUUAUUGCCUCUGGCC